GGGCUGAAGAGGAAGGAAGAUACGUUGGUGAGAAAGAGAAGAAGAAAAAUCCUGCUGAGAGAGAGCGAGUGAGGAACGAAGAAGAAAAGAGAUUAGACAACGAGGAUCUCGUGGUGUGGCCGCAGGAAGGCGCGCACACACGGUCAGCUGUGUGUCUCGUAGUUCCCCGUUAUAGAUCGCACACACAACGUGUGCGCGCUAAACAACGACUAAUAAAAAAGCGAAAUACUACGCGAGAAAGUCGAGAACAAAGAAAAAGAAAGAAAACGUAAAGAGGACAAAGGAGAGUCGAUCGAAUGGUAGUUCAAAUGAAGAAGUGACAAAAAUACGAAAUAAAGAGAGAAAAAAGUACAUAUAAAAAAGCAGAUAUAUGUGUACAAGAGAUCGUGUUGAACUUCGUAAAUGGCGGUGUCGAUAGUGUGCGUAUACGUGUGUGCGGUUAUCAUUAAAGUGGAGUGUCUUUAAAUCGCGAUUAUCGUAAAUCGUGACAAUAACGAGAACGAGAAAAAAAAAUAGACUGUCGGCCAUUUGUAAAAUUCCUUAAUUGUCGUGUGGACGUUAAAAAAUAACAAGUGUCGUGUUUAGAAGCUAAUUGAAGCAAGUGUUCACCAAAAUCGAAUGGAUUGAGCUCGUUGUUCAGUGUGCUUAUCGCUACACAUCAUUUUUUCUCGUUCUUUUCUGCGUGACACUCGAAACGUGUUUGUCUAACGACGAGAGUUUAUUCUCGGUGGAUUCGAGAGCAGCCACCGAGUUUGUUCUCGGCUGCCUCCGAAGCGCAGUCAAAGCUAGAGUAUUCCGCGAUCUUAUACCAAACCAAUGGAAUAUUCGAUCGAGGAAAAAACAACGGGAUAAACAAGUUAUGCGCAACUUUUUCGUCCGAAUAAAGUGAGAACGAGAGUGGGGCAGCGGCGCGGCGGGGAGAAAAGAGGAAACGGGGGGCAAAGAAAUCGAGAGAUUCAGGCGCCAGAUUGCGUUCAAGUUCCUCCUCUGUUUUUGUGUUUUUCCGUGCCUGCGUGUGUGGGUGUGUGUGUUUUUCCUCCGAAUUUAAUAUCAUACAUGUGCGAUCGUGUUGUUUUUUUUUCGCGAGUGCCUCCUUUUCGUUCGCUCGUAAACCGAGCAGGUAGUGAGAAGCAAAUUGAAGCGCGACUCGGAUGACGGGAAGGAGUGAGAAAAGAGGCGUCAAGAUCGAGGCAUCUUGAGGAGGGAGCACGAUGCAGGCCGAAUUGUUGUAUCGCAAGCCCCCGAUGAUGACGUCACCCCAAAACAUGCAAAUGACGCAGCCCCAGCAAAUGCAUCAAGCGGCCACCGGGCACCGAGGGAACAAACGAGAAACCCGCGACUCCCGGGAGACAAUACAUUCGGGACAUUUUAUGGUGUCCGAUUUCGAGGCCGAGGCGCAGGACGACGAAGACGAACUCGCGGUCCCGGUGCCCGAAGAAGAAGCCGCGCGCUUGGCCAUCAUCGCGCCCAUCGGAUUCUCCCUCGAAAAAUUCGUCUCCAAUUCUUCCGUUGACAAAACCUCGCAACAAUUGAGCAUCGAGACUUCCCUCAACAAGCUCUUUCAGUGCAUGUCGCUUGCGUACAGACAGAAGUUGACGUCGCCAAAAUGGAACCGUUUCAAGGGCAUAAGGUUAAGAUGGAAGGACAAGAUUCGGUUGAACAACGUGAUAUGGCGAUGUUGGCACAUGCAGUUCAUUUUGAAGCAGAAUACUCUCGUGUGCCAAUUCGCUUCGCCACUCGACGUCGAUACCCACAACAAACCGGAGGCUGUUGUCCUCGAAGGCAAAUACUGGAAGAGAAAACUCGCUGCGGUUACUGCGGAGUACAAGAAAUGGCGGAUGUUUUACAGGAACAAGAUCCUUGGAUGGACGAACAAGGAUGGUACGGACAUGUUGGAAUCAAUGGACAUGUUGGACUGGGGCAGUGGUAUGUGUUCGUCAGGGGGCUUCGGAACGGGUCUUGGAAACUCUUACGGGGGUUCGAGCGGUUUUUCCGGUUCGGAGAGCGUCCACAGCAUGAUGGUCGAUGAGGAUUACAUGGAGUUGAUGACGGAUACAUUGUUUUCGACCAUUAGUUCUAAUCAGCCCUUAUAUUUUCCGGAUCCGCGUGAAAUUGCCAGAGGCGCGAGUCUCGCAGAUUUUAUACAACCGAGUCUGGGGCCACUGCAGCCAAAUUUGGACGACUUCAUGGACACCCUCGAGCCCCUGCAGGAAUUUUUGAACUCAAAAUUGCCCUCGGUACCCGAGGAAGAGGACAUGUUCAGACAGGGGGGUCUGAACAGCAGUAAUUAUUCGGAUCUCGAGCUCAUGCAACCGAUAAACAGUCACAACAACACGAACAACAGUACGAACCAAGUCGGCCAAAUGAACGAGAGUACGGUGGUGUCCAAUCAAGCGAGCAAUCAAAACAAUCAACGGGACGAACACGCCGAACAGAGACAACAGGAUAAUGCAGAUUUACAAAAUCUUCAAUACACCGCUAAAAUUUACACGCAGCCGGAAAAUUCAUCCAUUUAUAGGAAUAAUGUAAGUUUAAGUGAUAAUUAUAGCGGGGGAAGGCAACAUUUCGAGGCAGCAGGAAUUCCGAGUCAGCAAGUAAUGCGAGAAAAGUCUCGGAACGGAAGAUCGACGUCUCGGUCGAAUCGAGUCAUUCAGCAAGCUCAACAACAGCAAAAUUCGUAUUGUCAAAAUGCCCAAGUCGUGACUUAUCAACAACAGCAGCAGCCAUUUUCGAUAGAUUUGCAAACGGUGCAAUUGAAUUCGAGUGUGAAUCAGGUCGAGCUAAAUUCCCUUACUGAUGCGAGCCAAAUGACGGGACACAUGACCGGGGCUGCGAAUUACGGGCAAACGAGUCCGCAGCCUCGUGCAAUACGGCCUCUGCCUUCUGUUGUUCCGCAACAACAACAGCAGCAGCCAAUCACGGACUCUUUUAAAAUCAUUCAACAACCCCAGCAAGGCUACAAAUUUACAGCCCCUGGACCAAAUUUCAAUGCUCAACAUUGCAAAUUUCGUAAUAGUGGCUUCAAGACUCUCGCUGGUCAACCAGUAGUAACGGUGUCGACGAAUCAGCCGAACCAAUCGCACAUUCUGUUACAAUGCAGACCUUCGGGUCUCGAUCUUACCGCACCUGCGUUACACCCCACAAAACUCUUGCCACGACCCACACAAACAAAUUCGACGAGUGACAAGGAAGAAGUUUUCGCUGUACCCAAGUAUCAAAUGAAGGCGCGAAAUCGUUCGCGGAGCAGUUCUUCACUUGGGCCACAGCGAAUCCAGCCUCCCCCCCUCGUCUCCGCGGUCAGUGAUCCCGCUUUAAAUAUAAACAACAAUGUUUUACUCGCCCAUUUACUUACCAACAAUACAACGGGACUGUACACGGUGAGUAGCGGGCCCGAGCACAAAGUGAUGGCAACGUCGAGUCAUCAGAAUUCGAUGAAGCACAUAUUGCCCAUGUUAUCAGCGAGUCCGGCGUCCUCGGGACAGCAACAAACGUCACAGUCACAACAGCAACAACAAAUAUCGAGUAACACGACUCAUCACAUAGCAACUCCGAUUACCAUACAAACGAUUACGAAUUCGUCGAGCAUGUCCCCGAAUCAGCAGCAGCAGCAGCAGCAGCAACAGAACGCACCCGGACAAGUACUUUUACCAUCGAAGAAUCAAGCGUCGCAGCAGCAGCAGCAGCAUCAAGGCAGCACUAGCCCGAGUUCGCCGAAAGAUUCAUCGAAGGCUCACAGUCCUCAAGGUCCGAGUCUUAGUCCGUUGCACAGUCCGAUGAGCCUGGGGAGUCCGUUGUCACCUUCGCGUAGCAAUUAUGGCGGGAAAGGUGAUGGGCAACAGCCGGAAAGAGGACAGUACAAGGAACAGAGACGCGUCGGUCAUAUUCAUGCCGAGCAGAAGCGUCGUUACAACAUUAAAAAUGGCUUUGACAUGCUUCACAGUCUUAUACCCCAAUUGAAUCAAAAUCCGAAUACCAAAUUGAGCAAAGCGGCUAUGCUACAAAAAGGUGCCGAUUACAUAAAACAAUUGAGAGCUGAGAGACACCAGUUGAAGGAAGAAAUGGACAGUCUCAAAAACCAAAUUGAGUGCCUCAACACUUCGAUUAGCAAUUGCCAGUCGAUGCUACCAGCGACUGGAGCCCCGAUUUCUCGGCAGAGGACCAACAAAAUGAAGGAGAUGUUCGACGAAUACGUGCGGAAACGUACGAGAGAAAAUUGGAAGUUUUGGAUCUUCAGCAUAUUGCUCGAGCCUCUGAUGAUAUCGUUCAAUGCUUCGGUCUCUACGGCCAGUAUAGAGGAUUUGUACAGGAGCACGAUUCUCUGGGUUGAGCAACAUUGCUCCCUCGUUGAUCUUAGGCCAGCCGUGUUAAAUUCCCUGAGGCAUUUGUGCACGGCGACCGACAUACUAUCGGAUCCUUUAAGAUUGCCGGAAGAGGCAAUGGCCGCGGUAAAUCACACGGAACGACGUCGUUCAACGCAGUGAUGAAAGCGAAUGCCUUCCUCUCUUCAAUUUCGUGGUACACCGUAGCGUUUAUUUAUCCUUGUAACCGAUGGAAAAGCGUUACGCUAACAAGAGAAAAACCAAAAUUUCACAAACUCGCUCGCAGCAAUUUAUUUGUCGCUCGACAAACCAACACGUCAAUAAUUGUGAGAAAAAAGCGAGAUAAAAUUAGUUUCUAUAGGAAAAACCAAGUGCAAUUUUCUUUUCUAUACAUCGACCGACAAAAAUCUUGGUAGAUUGCUCUUUAUUUUUAUCCUUUUUUAAAAAUCAUUAUCUACUCGAGUUUAUUUUAGAAUUAAUCAUUGGCCUGUGUAAAAAAGAUUUUUAAUAACCGUUUUUAUCUUUGUUAGAAAAGUUAUCUCUUCGCCGUUAAUUACUGUUCUAUUUUCUCAUACACUUCUUUAUUUUUAUUUUUAUUUUUCUUUGUUUUGCCACCGAAUCACGUAGAACGAAUCAUUCCAUAUAUUUCGGCACAAAAACAGAAGCUAACGGCGAAUCCAGAGUGGUUGAGAGUACAAUUUCGUUCAGGCACAUCCAGACAGUAAAAUCUUUUACUGUCUGGAUGUGCCUGAACAUCGAUUAUUAGCCGCGAAAAAAAACACCCGUAGGAAAUUUUUUAAAUAAUAUACUUUAUUCGAAUCCUCGCGAAACCAAUGCGAAGUUCAAAGUGCCAUGAAUUGAGAUGAAAUAAAAACAAAUCGGAACUAUUCAAAGCAGGCACAAACGGAAGUGCGAUUGAUUUUACUUGGAAUUUAGAAUUAUUAUAAAUCUUACGUGAGUCAUGAAAGAGGGGCAAAAUAAUCAAUUUUAAAUAUUUUCGGAAAAAAUAUAUCUAUAGCAUAGAUAUUAGAUUAAUCGCCGAACCAAGUGACCUUCGAUGUACUCAAUUUCGCUUAAUUUUUGGGAAAAUCAAGAGUAUGAACGAUUAUUCGUCUUCUUUCUGUUCUUCUUUUUAAAGCCAACGACGUACCUACGUAAUUUGUUUACUUAAACGCGUAACGUUCAUAACCUAUGAUGAAAAUCGCCAAUUUAUCGCGAGAACUAUACAUAUAAAUAUAUAAAUAUAUAGACGUAGCUAAGAAAACAGCAACGGGAUGUUUUUUGUACAUUAUGUAUCAUAAUUAUCAUCGAGAUUUUCGUCUUAGCUGUUAUCCAAAUGUUAUUAUUCUCGCAUUAAAAUAAUUAUUACAAAAUGA